GAAAAUAUGAGAUUUCUUUAAAGCAGGAAGUUGGAUUAUUUCCAGAUUCUCAAAAUUUAAAUGAGCUUGAGAUAUUAGGAUUUAUUCACACCGAAAUAUCAAUAUAAUGCCUCCCAAUUUAGGAAAUGGUGAGCAAUAUCAUAAUGUCCAAUUAUAUGGAGUUUUGAUGAAGAAACCAUUUGCACACCAGUCUAGCAAAUGGUCUAAAAGGUUCUUCAUAAUUAAAGAUGGUUUUCUUCUGUAUUACUCUGAUGGAGAAAAGAAAGAAUUUGAAAAGAAGAGAUUCUUUAAUAUACAUCCAAAAGGUGCCAUACCACUUGGAGGCUGUGACAUACAACCCGUAGAAGAAAACGGACAUCCUUUCUCCAUACAUAUCACAAAUGACAACUUUAAUGGUGUCGUGGCACUUUCAACAGAUACAGGGUUUGAGAGAGACAAGUGGGUCAACAUGCUACGCAUAUCAAGCAGGGUAACAUUCAAGAAUUCACAGCUAGGGGAGGCCAUGAUCCAACAGUUAGAAGACCAGGGACUACAAAUGGCUCAAGAUAAACAUGACUUAUAUGGCCAGCUUCAGACAGAGGCUACAGCUCUGCAGGCAGAGAAAGAAAAAACUGAGGAGUUGGAAAGAAUUCAAGCUGAAAUGGAGAAGGAGAAAGAAGAAAUGGAACAACUGUCGGAAGAUCUGCGAUCUGAAUAUGAUAAAUUAAAAGAAGAGAUGAAACUGACAGCUGAAGCGAUGCAAAACAUCGAAGAGGAUAAACAUGAGUUAAUGAACACUACGUCUAACCUGCAAGCUAAUAUAGAGGCUCUUGCUAAAGAAAAAGAGAAGACUUUAGGAGAAUUGAGGGAAAGGCAGAAUGUUGCAAAUAAGUUAUCUCAAGAAAAGGAAGAUCUUUCAAAGAACACAGAUGAGUUAAAAGAAAUGUUAAAAAAGAUUGAGGAUCAAAUGCAGAGGUUACAUGAUGACCGAAUGCAAGCUGAAAAUCGGUUACGAGAGAAUGAAGAACAAUCAGUAGUGCUACAGGAAGAGAAGAAUUCCAUAUCUGACCAUGCAACUGAACUAGAAGAGUCUAUAAAGGAACUCACAACUCAGAAACAAAUCACAGAAAAUGAACUCAAGGAAGAAGUAAAAGCCAGAUAUGAGGCUGAAAAUAGGUUAAAAGUUGCCAAUGAAUCUCUAUCAAAACUUGACAAAACCCUAAUGGUGGCAGGUACUACACAGUCAGAUGGAAACAAAACAUACUCAUACUCCGAAAAUGCUCAGGAAGAAAUGUCGCAAAGUGUAAAGAAUCUAAAAAGGUUCUUUGAGAAUGUAGCAUUUGAAGCCCAGCUUGAUGCCAAGAAACCAGUACUUAUGAAGAAUGCCCUUAACACUCGGAAGGCUUAUGUAAGGAGAGCCAAGACGCUGAGAUAUGAGGCAAGAAAGCAGACAAGUAAAACUAGAUCUACAGGAUCAAUGUACCAAUCAAAUCCAUCUCCGCUCUCAACGUGGCACGCGGAAGAUUACCCAGCAGGCAUGACGCAAUCUUGGACCCCUCAAAUGACAGAACUGUUGUCAUUUUAA